GCGGAGCGGGGCGCCCCGGUGCCGGUCCCGGGGAGCCAUGCGGCGGCCGUAGCGAUGCAUCGCGCCGAGCUGCGCGAAGGAGAGGCGGCCGCCGCCGCCGCCGCCUCCUACCGGGUGCUCAGCCGCCUGCUGGGCUAUGGAGCCGCCCCGGAGGCGGCGGCGGCGGCGGGCGGCACGGCGGGGCCGCUGGGUGCCGUUACCGGGCGCUUGCCGGGGGGGGCGGCGCUGCCGGUGGGGGCGGCGCUGAGGGCCCCUCGGCCGCCGCCGCAGCUGAUGGUUUUCCGCAACGCGGAGCGCGGCGAGGAGGGCGGCCCGGCGGCGGGGGGGGGCGGCCCGGAGCAGCUCUGCCCGCGGCACCGGUGCGGCCUAGAGCCCAAAGAGGCGGCCCCGGCGGGGCUGGAGCUGCAGCUGGCGGCGCUGGGGCUGCGGCCGCCCGGGCUGGGAGCGAAAGGGGCCAGCGCGUGUCCGUGCCCGUGCCUCGGCCCCCCCGCCGCCGAGGAGACCAGCGAUGCCCUCCUGGUGCUGGAAGCGCUGGAGCCCGACGAGAACGAGAGCUGCUCCGAGGACGAAGCGGGGUCUCCCGGGCGCGGGGCCGCCCGCCCCGCCGGCAGAGCCGCCCCCCCGCCCCCCGGGGCCACCGGGGCCAGGAAGGGCUCCCUCAGGAUCCGCCUCAGCCGCCUUUUCCGCACCAAGAGCUGCAGCGGCGGCUCCGCCACCGGGGACGCCGCGGGGAGCGAGGGCCGGCGCGGCGGGGACCUGCCCGUCUCGGCCGGGAGCCUCACCGAUGUGUGCGGGGGCCGCGCCCGGGAGGAGGCGGGCAGGAAACACAGACUGACAAGAACUCAAAGUGCCUUUUCCCCGGUUGUGUUCAGCCCCCUCUUCACAGGUGAAACGGUGUCACUGGUGGAUGUGGACAUCUCCCAGCGAGGACUGACCUCCCCUCACCCUCCAACUCCGCCGCCCCCACCGCGAAGAAGCCUCAGCCUGCUAGAUGAUAUCAGUGGGACGCUGCCUACAUCUGUCCUAGUGGGUCCGAUGGGCUCCUCCCUGCAGUCUUUCCCUCUGCCUCCGCCUCCUCCGCCCCAUGCCCCAGACGCCUUCCCACGGAUUGUCCCGCUGAGGCCGACAGAGAUGAUGCCCGGCCAGCCCACCCCCCACCUGCAGUGUCCGCUCUACCGCCCGGACUCCAGCAGCUUCGCGGCCAGCUUGCGAGAGCUGGAGAAGUGCGGAUGGUACUGGGGACCGAUGAACUGGGAGGAUGCAGAGAUGAAGCUGAAGGGGAAGCCGGAUGGAUCCUUUUUGGUCCGAGACAGUUCUGACCCCCGUUACAUCCUGAGCCUGAGCUUUCGUUCACAGGGCAUCACCCAUCACACCCGGAUGGAGCACUACAGAGGGACCUUCAGCCUGUGGUGCCAUCCCAAGUUUGAAGACCGCUGCCAGUCUGUGGUAGAGUUCAUCAAGAGGGCGAUCAUGCACUCCAAGAACGGAAAGUUCCUGUACUUCCUCCGAUCCAGAGUUCCAGGUCUCCCUCCAACACCUGUGCAGCUCCUGUAUCCAGUCUCCAGGUUCAGCAAUGUCAAAUCCCUUCAGCACCUUUGCCGCUUUCGGAUCCGGCAGUUGGUCCGAAUAGACCACAUUCCCGAGCUCCCGCUGCCCAAGCCUCUGAUCUCCUACAUCCGCAAGUUCUACUACUACGACCCGCAGGAGGAGGUGUAUCUGUCACUGAAGGAAGCUCAGCUCAUCUCCAAACAGAAGCAGGAGACUGAAUCCUCCACGUAGCGAGGCUGCCUCGCCCGUCUUGUUGCUGUCACUGAUGGAAUUUGAUUGUUGCCAUCCUGUAGCCCACGUGGGGCUGUGGUGGGAAGGAGGCCCAUGACAGUGCAGCCCGUUUCUGCCGUACCGCUUCUGCUCUCAAGCUCUUUUGUACAGAGAAGAGGGUUCCAGACUCCUAAGAAGCACAGCAGAACGGGAACAAGAGCCUCAGCUCCUGGCUGAGGGCGAGGGGUCUCGGAGACAGCUGAGCCCAGCUCACGGACUCCUUGCGGAACAAAGAAUGUCAUGGCACUAUUUCCAAUGUUUUUGAAAGUUUUAUUUUUGAUGUCUUCUUUUUCCAUUUGUUUUCAGCAUGAGAAAUACUGUCUUAUGAUCAGCUGAAUUUUAUUGUCCUCCCUUGGAAACUUCAAGGUGGGGAGAGAGAAGGGGACUCUCAAGGAAGAUCAGCUCCGGGCAUUAUGGCAAGACUGUUCUUUGGUCCUCACCAAGAGGUGACACAGCCGGAGAGCUGCUUGGAGGCAGACUGAGCCAGGAUCACACGCAGCUACGUGGAAUAACCUCGGGGCAGCGUGGAGCUCUGAAGAGCGGACGGUUGCACAGCUCCCCUGCUCUCUAGGAUUUGGGAGAAGAGGAUCAAACCUCAUCCUGGGCAGCUGAGCUUUGCAGCUGGGUUUUCAGGGGGAUCCUCUACGCUUUUACAUUUUGCCCAAGGAAGGAAGAGCGUGUGAGCCAUUGGGAUGUCCUGGAGCCUUCUGCCAAAGGGAAUGGCUGCUGCGGCCCGGGGAGCAAGGGCUGCUCCUCUGCGGAGGUGUUGUCCCUGUAGCAAACACUGGAAGAUGUUGCUGAACCCCUCUGAGUGGGAGGAAGGUGGCAAAGCUGCUGCUGUACCUAUUGCAGCAGUCCAGGGACCAAAGGUACCGGCUGUGGUGAUCUUGGUCUUUCGGAGCCAUGGGAUGUGCACUUUGAGUCUUUCUCUGGCUGCAUCCAGAUGCUGUGAAGUGGCUUUCUGUAGAGCUGCGAAGGAUCCUACGCUGGGGCAUUAAGAGGUAUCUUUGGGUGAUUUAGGGCAAGAAACAGACACCUGAAGGUUCUUCUGGGACGGCACCUGGUCUCUGCGAGCUUGCUUGCUGCUUCUUCCUCUCCCUAAGAUGUCCAUGGAAUCACAGCAGUUCAGGAAGAGCAAAGCCAUGAGAGGUGGCAGCUCUUGCUGUGGUUCUGGGCUUGGCACUGUCUGAAAUACCCCCACCCCCCCUUUCAAAUCCUGGUCUGCUGUUUCAUCCAUUGCAACGGCUGCAAAAAGUUUUCAUUUCAUGAAGUUUAAAGUUUGCCUGAAGUGAUGCUGAGAAGUCUGGAGAAGCAUCUUUCCUUCUAUAUUAAUCCAAGCAAGUGUUCUGUGCCCUCAGCCCAAGUGAGGGAAACGCUCCGUCCCGCACCAGCGUGGUUUGAAGAUGUGAUGCUGCGUGUGGUCUGGAUUCCUGGAUCAGAGCUCAGGGCCCUCUGAGCACUCAGGAGCUGCUGGGACUUUGGUCUUACGCUGCAGAAUGAUCCAUGUCCUUAAAUUAAAUGCAAAUUUCUAUUAUCUGCUUGUGCUGAGCAUUGCUACGAAGGGUGCUAACGAAUCCUCCCCUCCCUGUCUUCACCCUCGCCUCUGGCCUCUGUUUUGGUCUUGGAAGAAAAGUGUGUUUUAAAACGGAUUUGGCUUCCAGAUGAAACCAACAUCAAAGCUUCACGAUCUGUAGAAAUACCUCAUCAGACACUACGCGCUACUGACCGUGUGUUGGAUCAUCGGGGACAGUGGAUAUCGGGAAGGGGAGCUGCUCCGAGAUGUGCUGAGCAGCGUAUCCUGACCCUCAGUGGAAUUGGAGCUAAUUCAGGCUGCAGUGCCCGUGUCCCCUGCGCGUGGGGACCGGUGUUCAUCCCUCCACAGUGCCACUAUGUCCCUUCCCCUCGCUUGGGGACCUCCAGCUCGCAGCGAGUUAUAGUGGAGCCUGCGAAUAAACACAGCUGCUCUGACUCAAACGCACAGCACGAGUGACUGUUGGGGGGAAAAGCGCCUGGGCUUGUGCGGGUGGAACUCGAAUAUCCACAUCCCUGCUGCAUCUCAGCUCUCCGGUGCUGAAGUAGUUGAAUCUUCCACCUUAUCCAUAUGCUGGAAAGGAGAACCUUCCUGAGAACCAAGCCUGGUGUCCAGCUCCGUGCCAGCGAAGAGCUAUGUGCCCCGUAAAUGUGUCUCCUAUCAGGCUGCUCUCCAAAAAGAGACCCUGGAGGCAAGGAUACAAUGGCUUGGGAUGGGGUGUGGGACACGUGAGAUGGAGGAGCUGUGAGUCUCCCUUUGCUGAAGCUGGGGAGAAGCUGGUCCUCUCCCUGGUGUGAUGGUAUGGCAGCAUUUUCUCUCCUUCCUUCUCCAUUCUGGGAUGGAGAGGCACAGGCUGGGCUUGGGAAGGGAAAGCAGCCAACUUGGAGAGCAGACCAGGGAAAACUGAGCACUGGGAAUUGGCGCAGAGCCUGUCCUGCUGAUGCUGAGUUGGCCUAGGGUGGAAACAACCCCGCUUGGUGGUGCUUCCUGCGCUGCUCCAUCCAGGGAGCUCCUUGGGUGCCCUGAGAGCUCCCCAUGUCUCCCCAGGAGGGUGAAUGGGGUGCCCUGGUGGGUUUUGGGGCCAUCGGAGCAGCCAGGCUUUAGGGGUAAUACUUGAAUUGCAUGUAUUUGGUCAGCUGUCACUGUCCUUAGGAGCUCUCCUGGCAGCUCGCCGGUGCUCCUGUGGUCACUGGGGACCUGUGCACAGUGGGGACAGCCCUCCUCAAACUGGGGCCACCAGCCAGGCUUGGAGUCUGUCUGAAAUCUUUUAGUCAUGGAAUGGUUUGGGCUGGAAAGGACCUCAAAGCCCGUCCAGUCCCACCCCUGCUAUGGGCAGGGACACCUCCCACUGGAUCCGGUUGCUCCAAGCCCCAUCCAACCUGGCCUGGAACCCCUCCAGGGAUGGGGCACCACCACUGCUCUGGGCAAUCUGUUCCAGGGCCUCCCCACCCUUACAGGAGAACAUUUCUCCCUAAGAUCUCACCUCAAUCUCCCCUCUUUGGGACAGGGAGUGGUGGGACUCCAGUGCUGAUGUGCUUGGUAUUGGCUGUAGCUGCGCAAGACCUCUUUGUCCAUCUGGGAGAAGCGGUGAGAUCAGCUCUGCCGUGAAGGCAACAGAUGCUCCUCAGCUUUCCCAGGACCCUGCUCCACCUCUCCGUGCUCUGGGAACGGCAGGAGAGCUGGAGCGUGGUCAGUGCCAGCCGGCUGCCUGUGGCUAAUAGUGUUGGAUAAGAUCCCAAGGUCAACUGUAGUUAACAGCCUUGUCUGGAAAUCCAUUUAAAGCUGUUCCUAGAGUUCCUUCACAUCUAGGUGUAAGGGGAAAGAGGGACUUGGUCUGCUGUUUGGGCAUGGAAAUGGUCUGGAGCUUGGGUUUCCAGGCUGCACAUGAGUGGAGCGAGCUGGGUGGUCGCUGUGGAGGGGUUGGUAGUCUUUGUGGACACGUUUGAGGUCUCAGAGGUGGUUCCACUGCAUCCCACCAGUGACUCCGCAUCCCUGUUUGGGGAGGAACAGCUAUUUGCAUCCUGCUGGGAACCGUUCUAUAGGUUGGUUCUGGAGGGCCGAUCUCAUCCUGCUGAUUUGGAAGAACUUCUUUAUAGCCUCCUUUGUCCAACCUUGAAUUCUACAGGGGCUGUUGCUGUCCUCCUCCCUCUGUCAGCAACCGGAGGCAGAUGAGCAAUGAAACGGACCAUAAAAAGCACCAAAGCGCAGAAAGCACCCGUGGAAAAGCUCUUUUUCCAGCUGGAUGGGUGCAUCCUCCAGCUGUGGGCUGGACCUGGUUAUCAGAUUGGCAAGAUCCCAUGGCAGGGUUUGGAGCCGGCUGCUCCGUCAGCUCCCGCUCCUCUCCCUGCAGCUCAAGUUCAGAUAAGUCAGGAUGGUUUUCUCAUAUGGAAGUUCUCAGCCCAGGAUGGACCAGCUUUUGGGGACGGAAGAAGGGGGAAAAGAGUCAUUCUUGGCUUGGUUUGGGUGGGAGCUGCUGCAGGCAGGGUGGGAACCACCUGAGCAAGAGGGAGUCCGUGGGUUUGAAAGCACUGAGCGGGCGCCGCUGGUGGAUCUGGGCAGGUUGAAAACCCUUAGGGUGUGUUUAGGAGGGACCCACGUCACCAUGUGUGUGUCUGAAGGUGCCUGUGGGUGCCCUGGCGAUGCUGGAGGAGGUGACCAGGGCUGGAGUCUGGUCUGGGGGCAUUUUGGGGUAGAAAUGACUGGAAAGCAGUGUCUGUAAAAGAAAGGAUCUUCCAGGAGGAAGGGAGAUGGCUGUUGUGCUCUGUUCUUCACAGUUACGAUCUGCCUUUGGGAUGAUUUUACCCUUAAUACCGGGUCUGCGCCUACCCUUGGAGGGCUUUGUGGGGACCCCGGCACCCACCCGAGCCCCCUCGGUUUCCGGGGAUGCAGGGAUUUAUCAGCAGCCCCAAGGGCUCCAUGGGGACCUCAGCACCCACCCGAGCCCCCUCGGUUUCCAGGGAUUUAUCAGCAGCCCCAAGGGCUCCAUGGGGACCCCAGCACCCACCUGAGCCCCCUCUGCUUUUUGGGAUUCAUCAGCAGCCCCCGCGGGCUUUGCAGGGACCCCGAGUCCUUUCGGCUUUCCAGGGAUGCAGGGAUUGAGCAGCAGCCCCCCAAGUGCUCCGUGGGGACCCCGAGCCGCCCUUCGGGGCUGCAGGGAUGGAGCAGCAUCCCUCGUAUCACUCCCCUCCUCAGCCCCUCGCUCCUCAUCCAGAGUCUUCCAGGGGAGACGGGGCUGCUGGGACCCCCCGAUCCCAGGGGAUGGUUGGGA